CCUAUGUUUGCGAGCACCCGCCGAAGGACAACUUGCGCUAGCUGCCUGCCUCUUCCACUCUCCUCUCCCUCUCCUCUCCGUCUCCCUCUCCCUACCGUCGUCCUCCAAGCACAACGACAGGAGCUCGUCGGGACCGAACCGUAUUUGGCCGGAAAACUAUCUUGUAUUCAUUCCGCAUCCACGUGGAUUGUUUUCGCGGGAAGGGGGAGGCUAUUCUGGUGAAAACACCCCUCUCGGACUCUCCUCCCUCGCACCACAUCUCUCUGAUCGCCUCGUUGAAGCUGACCCGGACGAGACACGUGGCAACAAUCGGCCACGUCAGCGCACGCGUUCGCCGCACAUGUCAGCAGACGCUCGCCAUCUCCCUGGUUGAUUGGCUUGUCGGGAUCGCAUUCGCCGGGCCGCGUGUCGCCAUCUGACGUGAGCCGUUCCCGACGAAUCAACCUUGUGCGUUUCGGUACUCCUGGUUGCCCCGGCGAUCCUGCGCUUGCGCUCGUACUACUGUAUGAAAGCUGUGACGUCAUCAACAUACAUGUCCUAAGAGAAAAAGACGGGAGAGAGAAGACACGAGUCGAACACACCGACCAUCCUCCUCAUCCUCCUCAUCAACCAUCCCACUCAGCAGCAGGACAGGGAGGAGGAGGAGGAGAAAGAGAGAACCAGCAGGAGCAGCAGCAGCAGCAGGAGCACCAAGAUCUUGAGGAGAGUUUCACCAGGUGUGCAGCAACCAACAGACAACAAGAUGAAGAGGACCUCAUCGGUGAUCCCAUUCCUCGCCGGCAUUUCGCUCAUCUUGUUGGUCGUUUUCGCCAUUUGCCCCUCUCCUGCAUACGGUUAUUACCAUUGCUUGCCAAAUGCCAGCUACAACGGCAAACCACUUCAAAAGAUCAACUGCGGCGUUAAUGUGGGUGCCGCAACAUUGCCUGGGUGUAAGCAUGCGUGCAGCAGCCACACGGGGUGCUCAGGCAUCGUGUUUGUCGAAUUUGGGCUUGCAUGGUGGGAGUCCAAGUACUGCUGCAUGCUGUACGAUAAAAUCCAACUGCACAAGCUCAAGUUCAAGCCCUCUCAUGAGACCUGUCAGAUAUUCGAUGUCUGAAAACGUUGUUAUAAGAUGGGCCUAGCUCAGUUGGUAAACCCAUGAACUGUUGAAAUACAGACCUCAGUUCGAAACGAGAUGGACUCGUUCAGAUCCACUCCUGAAAUAGACCCCUUUGGCUAGCCCUGAAAAAUCCUGAAAAUCUUGAAAAAUGAAAUGGGUGAAUUUUGCAUGGAAACACACUUUUGCCUUGCUGUUUUAUAGCUUUUUAAAGUUCUUUUUUCAAUUUUGUUUGUGUAAGUAGUUACUAUGAUCUCCACUCUUAGACUACGAAUUGGUGGCAAGUUUGGUUAAAAUGACCCUUGGGUUUUGUUAUAAAUGUUCUGACAAGUGGUCUGAAAAUUGAGGCCUCCGUUAACCGUUUCUCCAGUUUGAAUCCAGAUGGACUCAGAUAAAAAUGCAACCCUCUC